GAGUAGCUUUAACUACAUUCAUUUCGAUGGCUCUCCUCCUCAGCGUGAACUGUUAUGCUGAGGAGGAUGCAGAGGAUUCAUCCUGUCUGGAUCACCAGAAGGCCUUUGACGGUGCUUGCUAUGAAUUUGUUGGUCUUCAUUUAUCCUUUCUCAGAGCCCAGGCGUGGUGUGAGCGAGGAGGAGGACACCUAGCCUUCAUCCUGAAUGAUGAAACACAGCAGUUCCUUCAGCAGCACCUGGACCCGGAGAAGGACUGGUGGCUUGGGCUGGGACCCGCGGGUUCAAAUCUGACGUUGGAUCCCGCUGCAACUGAAGGCUCUCUUGCAUGGUUGGAUGGCUCAGAUGUCAGCUAUAGUAACUGGGUAAACCAGCCAGAAACAGAGACAGCCUGCGGGCAUAUUCUGAGACAUGCGGGCUUCCAGUGGAAAGCCACAGCAAACUGCAGCCAGGAAUUAAGUUUCAUUUGCCAGUUUGAGUCUGGAAGGACAAUUGCAUGCGAAGGUCGAAAUGCCACUCUGCAGUGUGGUUCUGGGCAAGUUAUAGAGGUUGAAGAUGGCUUCUAUGGGCGAAAAACUAUUCAUUACUGCCGAUCAAAACUUACAGACGCACCCACAUUCUCCCAGGAGGAGUGCAGCUGGAUAAAUGUGGUGGAUUCUGUAACAGCUCAUUGCCGUGGACUGCAGGCGUGCCAGACUGCAGUGGAUCUGAACGUGUUCAGUGAACCUUGUGCUGUGCUGGGAAGUUACCUUUAUGUAGAGUAUGGCUGCAAGGAUGGACUUCACUUAUUGAUGAGUAAAGUGGCAUCUGUCUUUGAUAAUAUCACCAUCACUGUGAAGUGGGUACUGAAUCCAUUUCAGGGGAACCUAACCUGCACAGUGAAUGCUGGAGAUGGUCACGUUAUUGAUCCAUACAGCCCAAAGGAGACAGAAAGCAGUAUUAUACACAGUUUCCGCCGGCCUGGUGUUUUUGUGGUCGUCGUGGAGUGCUCUACCAGUGACUGGCAUGUUGCUGCGCAGAAAACAAUAACUAUCCAGGAGCCUGUUGGAGAGUUAAGUGCGAUCAAGUGCUACAGCAAGAAUGCGGCAACAGAUGGCGCUAAAUGCAACACACUUCAUGGCGAGCCUGUUGACAUUGAGCUUAAAGUGGAGGCAGGUACAAAUGUUUCCUACACGAUUCAUCAUGAAGCCCAUUUGAUUGCCAACUCGUCAGUGGACCUGGGGGUCACACCCUACAACCUCACACUGAAUGCAAGUGUGAUUCAGAGGCUUGGACAGGGCUGCCACAAUUUAACCAUAGCAGCAUCUAACAGAGUCACAAGCCAAGCAGUGUCCACUCCUCUGAUGCUGUGUUUGCUGGAGCCUGUUAAGGACCUGCAGGCGUCUUUGAUAGAAGAGCCAGGCGUGUGUCCAGACUCCAUCGAUCUCCUCAUCGGUGUCUCAUUGCAGCAAGGAACACCGGUGGAGUUGCUCUUUAAUCUCACUGGGGCGAGUGAUACACUGACUGAGACCAGACACAUGCUCAAUGACAGCAUGCUUACUUAUACAUUCUCUAACCCACUCGAAGGACUCUUAGCUGUGAAAGUCCAAGCUAUGAAUGCCAUUUCCACUUCUGAUGUAGACGUGGACUUAGGGGAGGUACUUCAGGUUUGCCAGAAAUAUUCUCGCUCGUCACCAGUCCAGGACAGAAAUACGACAGGUAACAUUGGAGUGGAUGAGUCGACUGACUUGAAAAUAAUGGCUUCUCCUGCCGCCGUGGUUGACCACACUCAGAGCAUCACACUGACAGUAACUGGAACCGAGUUGUUACCCAGCAAAGCUCUCGCAUAUGAAUGGAAAUGUAAAGGAAACUGCACAUGCAGAGACAUAACAAAGGGUGAAACUCACAUUAUAGAAAAAGAUUGCCUCCCGAGCCCAUUUGAAAUGUUCAAAUACACCUUAAUUGUAAGGAAAAGAAUAUGGUUUAGGAAAUGGGUGGACAUUGCUUCAGCUUCAAAGUGCAUCACUGUUGCUCCUUCAAAUGAAUUUCCAGAUGUUACAAUCAGUUGUGAUAAUUGUGCUUCCGUGAAUGUGUCUGACCACGUAAAUCUAAGACUCAGGUGUGAGACAACUUGUCCAGAUGUUGUUUGGUUCAUAGAAGACCCCAGACCUUCGACAGGUGACCUUAAUGAAUGUUACUCAGAAGCAGGAAGAAGGCCACCUAUUGAGAAGCAGGGUGGCAACACUGAAUAUACUGUUUACAGCCAACAUCUAAAAGCUUCAAGGAGGACUUCUCGCAACAUCAGCGUGAUUGCUUAUGGCAAGACAGUGCCUGGUUUUGUCAAAUUCACUCUUCCAGUGCCAGGUCCUGACCCUGAAGUGGCAAUGGAUGUACCUGCAGUCCCUUCAUGUAGCAUCUCUCCACCUUCAGGAACUGUACUUGAUGCUUUCAAUAUUACCUGCACGGAGAGCUCUUUCUGCUCUGCAGGCUGCCUUUAUUGCUUUAAGACCAACACAGGCAAACAUCUGCGGUGCAGUAAUGCAAAUGACGUGAAAUCAGUCUUUUUGCCUUUGGGUGACGAGAAUAAUAAUAACAUUUUGUCCAUGGUGGUGACUGUAAAAAAUGAAAAUGCAACAACUACUACGACUCUUGCAGCUCAGGUAUGGAAAACUAACUUCAGUGCCUCCGUAACGACUCUGCAGUCUGCGGUGGAGGAAACUGUGGGUCAGUUAGAGCAGCAAGGCCUCCUCUCUGGUGAGGCACUCGGACAAAUAUUCUCUUCAGUCUCUGACGUGCUGAAUUCAGAGGCUGGCCAAGAUCAGAAAGAUGCAAGGUCGAAGCUCAGAGAACACAUGUUGACCAAAAUGACGGGAGUCCUUCUUGACAGCCCCAGCAACUCAACUCAAGAAGUGCAAAUGAUGGCCAGAGCUGUAGCUGGACUCACGCAGAUCUCAGAUGAGCUCAGCGCAGUUGCUCAAGAAGAAGCUGGUUCAUUGUUGGUAGACCUCAGUUCCUCCCUCAAGACUAUCAGUGUCAAUCUGCCCAGCAGCGAGGAUGAAGUUGUGCAAGCAGCUACACCCAUAAUAGAAUCAGCUAGUAAUAUUUUGAACGUUUCAUCAAAUAAAAAAGUCUCAGAUUCUCUUCUGACUGGGAUAAACAACAUCCAGAGCGCUUUGCUGAAUAAUAAAGAGCUGAAUGGACAGCCUGCCAUCAUUGACUCUGGUCAGAUUAGUGUGUACGUUAACAGAAUAUCUCCAAACGCAAUGCAAACACGGGAUAUAAAUGUCCUGAAGAACAGCUCUUCCAGAUUUUCCUUCCCUUCACUGCCUGCUGGCAUCAUCUCUGCAGAGGAGGAAGUGGAUGUCAGAAUGAUGAGUUUUGAGAAGAAUCCAUACUCUUGGAAGGAGGAAAACAUCACGGGAACUGUGGGAUCUCUUUCUCUCACAAGAGUGAACGGCACAGUCAUACCUGUUGAGAACUUACCUGAAGAGAUAGAGAUUCUCCUACCAAGGCUUGAUGUUAAGCAUGAGAUCAGCACAGUGCUCGACCUCGCCAAUUUCAGCACUUUGAUACUUGAUGUGCCAUCGCCGGAUGUGACGCUGGUGCUGAAAAUGGAGCCGUCUGACGACAUUUCCUUCAUGUUGUUCUUGGGAUAUAAAGAUUAUCCAAAUGAUCAGAGCUACGUAGCAAAAACCAGGAUGCCUCUAGAGAAUGCAAAAGAAGAUGAAAAGUUUACCUGGGUACUGAGUCCCAAAGAGCGGACACCAGAUGUCGGCGUGCACUACCUUGUUAUGAAGCCAAUAGCAGAGCCUGGUGUCAAGUCUGUGAACGCCACUGUUGCCGUCAUUUCCAUUGCCGCUCAGUGUAAAUACUGGAAUGAAACCGAGUCCUCCUGGAGUGAAGACGGCUGCAGGGUCGGCCCGCUCACCACACCUUUUGUAACUCAGUGCCUUUGUAAUCACUUAACUUUAUUUGGCAGCUCUUUCUUUGUCAUGCCAAACCUGGUGGACGUCUCACGCACGGCUGAACUUUUUGCAACAUUCACUAACAAUCCUGUGGUCGUAUGUUUUGUGGGGGCCAUUUUUGCUGUUUAUCUGCUGGUGGUCAUAUGGGCACGUAGGAAAGACAUCCAGGAUGCGACCAAGGUCAAGAUAACAGUUCUUGAGGACAAUGACCCUUUGGCCGAGUAUCGCUACAUGCUGAAUGUUAGCACAGGACACCGGCAUGGAGCAUCUACCUCCUCUCAGGUGGCCGUAACUCUGCUGGGAACAGAAGGAGAGAGCGAGCCCCAUCACUUGACAGACCCUGAAAAGCCUGUGUUUGAGCGGGGUGGAGUGGACAUGUUUCUGAUGACCACACACUUUUCUCUUGGAGACCUCCAGAGCAUAAGACUGUGGCACGAUAAUUCAGGGGAACACCCUGCGUGGUAUGUCAAUAAAGUGAUGGUGCAAGAUCUGGAAACUGGUCAGAAAUGGCACUUCCUGUGUAAUUCCUGGCUGGCUGUAGAUGUGGCUGAGUGCGCUCUUGAUAAGGUCUUCCCAGUAGCGACAGAGACAGAUUUGAAGAGAUUUAGUAACCUGUUCUUCAUGAAGACAGCCAAGGACUUCCGAGACGGCCACAUCUGGUUCUCUGUCAUUAGUCGUCCUCCAUGCAGCACUUUUACACGUGUGCAACGAGUGUCCUGCUGUUUCUCCCUUUUGCUGUGCACCAUGCUGACCAGUAUUAUGUUUUGGGGCAUCCCCACAGACCCCUCUGAGCAGACCAUGGACCUGGGUCACAUCGAGUUCACCUGGCAGCAGGUUAUGAUCGGAAUUCAAAGUUCAAUUAUCAUGUUUCCCAUCAAUCUCCUUAUCGUGAGCAUCUUCAGGAACACCCGUCCUCGAGAGAAAACUGCCAAAGCUGACACAUCGAAACAAGGGAACACUGUCAAAGUUUCUCCCUCACAGACUCCCUCUCCUCUGAAAGAGAUCAAGGACAUCACUCCAGACACUGUGAUCAAGGACAUAAAGAGAAUUGCUAAGUCCCUCUCAAAAGCAAUGAAGAGUCCACUGCCGCAUCUGGAGCUCCGUCCUGACCAGCAGGCCGAUAUCAACACCCUGCUGUCUCUGGUGGAAGACAUCAUCAGACAGCAGAACCAGAUGGCUGGAAACUUCUACACUGACACCUGCAAGAGAGAUCCUGCCAUGAUCCUCAGUUUAGGUGCAGUAAAUCUGCGAGAAAACAGUAUGUGGGGAAGCCCUGAGAAGACAACAGAUGAAUUGCAGAAGAAGAGCAACAACAGCAAGUACUUGUACAGACAGCUCCAUCUGGUAGAGAAGGAGCUUGGGCUGUUGGGACCUUCUCACUUUCCAAACCCAGACAACUACAAGAGAGCCAUGCUGCAAGUUCAGGGAAUGAAGAGUCACCUGGAGUUCCAGCAGCCCUCAUCCAGCCUGGAUGGAGACCAGCUCAAUCGCAGCCCCAGUCCAGAGGAGAGCGUAGAUGGCAGUGCUAACAAGAAGUGCUGCCAAAGAGGGCUGCCGUGGUGGUUUGUGUUCAUUGGGUGGACAUUAGUAAUUGCAACCAGUGUUGUCUCGGGAUACUUCACUAUGAUGUAUGGGCUCACUUAUGGGAAAGACCGCUCCAUAAGCUGGCUCAUCUCCAUGCUGGUCUCGUUUUUUGAGAGCCUCUUCAUCACUCAACCGCUCAAGGUACUUGGUUUUGCAGCUUUUUUUGCUCUCGUUUUGAAAAAAAUCGAUCAGGAAGAAUUUGGAGAGCCUCAGAUAGAUGAGAACUUCAGAAAUACAGAUGAUCCUGAUGUGGUGCCGGUAGCCAGAAGAGAUAGCACAUGUAGCUUCUAUCAACCACCACCUCCUACUGACAUUGAGAGGAUGCGGGGCAACAUGAUUAAAGAGCAGAAGGUCUUUGCCCUCAUCAGGGAGAUUCUUGCUUACAUUGGAUUCAUGUGGGUGUUGCUCCUGGUGGCAUAUGGUCAGAGGGACCCGAAUGCUUAUUUCCUCACCCAACACAUUCGACAAAGCUUCAGCAGAGGCAUCUCAGACAGUAUGAGUGUUCAGGAUGUGUUCAACUGGGCAAACACAACUCUCCUGAGCAGCCUGUUCGGAGAGCACCCAGGAUUUAUCACCGAUGGAAACUCAAAGUUGGUAGGUAACGCCCGUCUGCGGCAGGUGAGGGUGCAGAAAAACUCCUGCCGUGUUGCGGGGUCCAUGCAGCAGUCUGUGCCGGAGUGUCACGCUCCGUACUCGUGGGAAGUGGAGGACAUGGGCUCCUACGGUCCAGGGUGGAGUCGCCCUGUGAGUGGAAACACCUCUCUGAACUCUCACAGCCCGUGGAAGUACCACUCUCAGCGAAACCUGAGAACUUUCCCCAUCUGGGGAAGUGUGAGGCUCUACAGAGGAGGCGGGUUUGUGAUGGCUCUUGGACCGGAUUUGCAAAACUCCAGCCGAAUCCUGCAGUACCUUUAUGACAACACCUGGCUAGAUGUUUACACCCAAGCAGUCUUUGUUGAGUUCACUGUAUACAAUGCCAACGUGAACCUGUUCUGCAUUGUCACACUCAUGCUGGAGACCACGGCCACAGGAGCUUUCCAGUUUCGCAGUGAGCUUCAGAAUGUGCGUCUGUACCAGUCGACCGGUGGCCUCCACAUCUUUGUCAUGGCGUCUGAAGUUGUUUACUUCCUCUUUAUCAUCUACUACAUGUUUACCCAGGGAAAGGUGAUGAGGAGAGAGAAAAUUGCUUAUUUCAAGAGUAAGUGGAAUCUGCUUGAGCUGGCGAUAAUCAUUCUCAGCUGGAGCGCACUCUCUGUCUUCAUCAAGAGGACUUUAUUGGGGAACAGGGACAUAAGCCAUUAUCAGAACAACAAAAAACAAUUUGCCAGUUUCCAUGAGACAGCCCAGGCUGAUGCAGUGCUCGGGUAUCUGAUUGCCUUUCUGGUACUGCUGGCUACAGUCAAGCUGUGGCACCUGCUGAGACUGAACCCCAAGCUGCACAUGAUCACGGCCACACUGCAGCGAGCUUGGACUGAUAUUUCAGGCUUCCUGGUGGUCAUGACCAUCAUGUUUCUGGCCUACUCUGUUGCUUCUAACCUGAUGUAUGGCUGGAAGCUGUACUCCUAUCGAACUCUGCUUGAUGCUGCACAAACCAUAGUCAGCUUGCAGCUUGGCAUAUUUAACUACGAUGAGGUUCUGAACUAUAAUCCGGUCCUUGGGGCCCUCCUUAUUGGCUCCUGCAUUGUGUUCAUGACCUUUGUGGUGCUAAACCUCUUCAUCUCUGUCAUUCUCGUGGCUUUCAGUGAAGAGCAGAUACAUCACAAGCCAUCCGAAGAGGAGGAGAUUGUGGACUUGAUGGUGAUGAAGCUCUGCAGUUUGUUUGGGAUCAAAUGUAAGAAACAAUGUUUAACUGAGCGACCAGAUGUUUCAUCUCUUUCAAAUAACAAAAUCUCAACAAUUUCUACUGGGAACAUUCAUGAGGGAUAAUAUGUUAUUCCUUGUUUAACAUCAAUGCUCCAGUCGCUGUCUGCUUAAGAUUUGUUUUUUUCUUUUUGUUCGAGAAUUAUGACUGAAUAUUUGACUUUGCAAGUUAAUCAGUAGCAUGUAUGUGUACUGCUGCAGAAAUGUCCUUAAGAAGUUACAACACUGGGAGAAAGCUAAAGCAAGGAUAUUUAUGUAAUGCACUGAAUCAUUGUGUUUAGGAUGAAGUAUUUAGUUUAACACGACUAAAUCUUCUAUAAUAUGCUGUUGUCGUGAAUAUUAGUAAAACCUGUCCAUUAUUUGCACAUUUGUAUUUGCAAUCCAUUUGCUCAAACUAUUUUAAACAGCUGUAAAGAGUGUGAUGUGGUUAAUGUGUCUUCCAUUUCUAGUAGUGGACAGUUUUCUGUUAAGAAGAAUGGCAUAUAGAGAUAAAUGUUAUAAAGGUCAAAUAAACUUCAGAA